AUGGCCUCAUUCUCUUCUGUUACUCUAUCUCUCUCCAUCCUACUAGCAGGCUACCUCGGCGCCAUCUGCGUAAUACCUCCAACCACAACCCAACGAUCCCCCUACAAAACAGACCGCAUCCGCAUCAUCACAGGCAACUUUGCCCUCAGCGCAAGCCGCGCCCUGAUCAUCAUCGGCGCUUACCACGCGCUCGUUGCCCUCUUCUACCCACCAAACACCAAUAAUAGCAUCCUAUCCGCCAUCUGUCCUCACCCCGAGAAUCUCAACCCAGAGACCCUCACCUGGACUCCAACGGUGCUUCUCUCCCUCCUAGCCAUCGCAUCCGGCGCCGCCGCCCGUCUCUCGGCGUUUGUGAGCCUAGGUCGAAAUUUCACGUUCUAUCUCUCGGUACCGGAUCGAUUGAUUACGGACGGUGUAUAUGCGUAUGCCCAGCAUCCGAGUUAUCCGGCGUUAGUCGUGGUGUGUCUGGGGUGUGCUGGGCUGUCUUUGCGGUGGGAUGGGGCGGUAGGAGCGUGCUUGUUGCGUAAGGAUGUGAUUGAGAGGCUUGAUGGAUGGGGAAUGAUCGUGAUAGGAGCGUUGUGGAUGGUAGGUGUGAUGAUAGUACGGGUGAGGGUAAGGGAUGAGGAGAGGAUGCUGCGGGAGAAAUUUGGGAGGGAGUGGGAGAGGUGGAAUGCCAGGACGGCGAGGUACAUUCCGGGUCUUCUGUAG